UUGUAUCCCUCUCCCCACAGCGUGCAGGUCCUUCUCCGGUGCCCGCACGAGCCACCCACACUCACCUGGUCUACUAGCAGGUAAAGCCUCCCCACAAGAGCUCCCGCGCAGCCGCGACCCGGAAGUCAUCCUCGAAUUUCUGGCCCGCCCCCUCGAAGUCCUUCUUCUUCCGGGUCGCGGCCACACGGCGCCCUGCGUUGCUGUAGAAACCGCGUCCAUGGCGGCGCCUAAACAAGCGUCCAGCCGGGGCGUGCUGCGUGAGGAGGCGGGAGGCUCCGCGGACUCGCCGGCCACUACGCGGACACCGGUUCCCGCAGUGUUGCCCGGAUCACUCGAAAUACUCGAAUCACCUGCGCAGGCCGCCGAGCCGCCGGGGAAGAACCUAUGGGAGCAGAUCUGCGAGGAGUAUGAAGCCGAGCUGCCUACCUUUCCAGAAGGAUAUAAAGUGAAGCAGGAAGCUGCAGUUACAGGGAGCUCGGUCACGCCCUUGGAGGAACUGGUUCCUCAUGGCUUCAACAUGGAGCAUUACCUCCCAAUGCACCAGUUCCCAGUGGUGUCUCCUGUGCCCUGUCCUCCCAAGAAGGCAGAAACAGUCGAGCCCAAGACAUGUUCUCCCAGAGAUUAUCUGGAAAUGUUCAUCUUUCCAGUUCUGCUCCCUGGAAUGGCCAACCUGCUUCACCAAGCCAAGAGAGAAAAAUGUUUUGAGAGGAAGAGAACUAAAUUUAUUGCCUGCGAUUUCCUGACUGAGUGGCUGUACAACCAGAAUCCGAAGAGGGCAGGGGAGUCAUUCACAGAAUUCUUCUCCAUUCCAUUUGUGGAGGAGUGGCUCAAGGACCACCCGCGGCCACCAAUCCCCCUCUCCCUGCUCCUGACAGAAGAAGAAGCAGCAGUCAGGAUCCAGGCCUUCUGGAGAGCCUAUCUGGUUCGCUGUGACCCUCAGAUUCAGGAGCUUCGGCAGUGGCAGAAAAAGCUGCGUGAGGACAAGCACAUCCGCCAGCGUGUGAAGAUCUUCUGGGCCAAACAGGAGCAGAAAAUGCAAUGUAAAAUGGAGGACGAGGAAGUGCCUGCUGCCUCGGUACCAUAUCCUUAAUGGAUGUCAGUCACUCCAUGUGUAGAAGGAUGAUGUAUCCAAUCCGUACUUUCCCUAUUACGGUGUCUUUAACAAGCCUUAGUGUGGUGGAUACAGAACCCUUUGCACACAAGGUAGGAUUUGUUGCAGAUAAGCCGAAGCAGUUUAGCUUCCUGCCUUACCCAGCUCUUCUCCACCGUGUCAGGAGCACCCUCUGAGCUGUUGCUGUUGACAUGCCUCGUGACCGUGUCCUCUGACACCAGUUUUCCCACUUUUGCCAUAUUUUAACUUACCUCAGAUCUCUGUGUUAGUUUUGCCUUGGUUUUGGGGGUGUUGGGAUAACCAAUGGGGCAAGGCUCUAAGCACUGAGCUGUUUCCAGCCGGAUAUGACAGCUGUCAGAAAGGAUUUCCAUUGUUAAAGCCCCAACAUAUAACUGCAGCGUCCUAUUAACUUAAUGGUCCCCCAUUGGUUCUGUGACUGCUGCUCACCAGGAUUCUCCCAUUCAAAAGGCCCCAGACAUAGCUGAAAGCCUCCUCAGAGUAUCUGACUGACAAGCUACCACACAUCUUAGGUAAAUAGUAAAGCCUUUAUUUUCUUGUUAAGAACAGCAUUUUGAAAAUAAAACCUAUCUGCCCAUGCUUAACAAC